AUGAACCCACCUCUGGCACCAGCCCCCGGCAGCUCUCAGCCUCCAGAGCCCCGGCAGCAGCCCCCCGCAGGCACACAGCAGAGCCGCUCAUUGCCGCCAGCUCUGCUGCACGAAAGCCUGGAGAAACCCGCGGGAGAUGAGGGCUUCAAAUCACUGUUGGCUUAUCGGGGUCAGGAGCUGCAGUCCCCCCUCUGCUCAGGGCUUCGUGUUCCCCAGCCGGCUGUUCAGAGGUUUGACGCCAAAGAUGGGCAAAUAACUUCGGGUUCUCACCUCUCGGUGCCUCCCCAGUGCCCCGCAGUCCCGGGGCUGCUCACGGGCUCCAGCCCAAAGCCGCCGGCAGCUGAAGCCCCGCGGGUUUCAAUCAGGUCCGUCCGCCCGUUGCAGCCGCAGGCGGCAGCCGCCGCAGUCCCCAACAAGGUCCGACCGCGCCGACACCCGCCCCCCCACUCCUGCCCCCCCACCGGCCCGAGCUCCGGCCGCCGCUCCCCGGCCGGGGGGCUUCACCCCGAGCCCCCUCCCGCCGCUCCCCGCCCGGCUCCCGCUGCGGGGCUCCAGCAGCUCCGGCGCCGCCGCCACAACACCCGGCACAGCCCGGGGCUCACACCGGCACCGACCCCGCUCCUCGCCCUGCCCUCAGCCGCUCCCACCAGCCGACACCGACUGCUCAGCGCCCGGGCUCACACGCAGCCCCGGCGCCUCGCACUCACUUCUGCCCUUCCCCUCACACCGGGGCGUUACGAGAAGCUCUGCCCACACCAAUCCCCCGCCCACACCAUGGACCCACCUCUGGCACCAGCCCCCGGCAGCUCUCAGCCUCCAGAGCCCCGGCAGCAGCCCCCCGCAGGCACACAGCAGAGCCGCUCAUUGCCGCCAGCUCUGCUGCAGGAAAGCCUGGAGAAACCCGCGGGAGAUGAGGGCUUCAAAUCACUGUUGGCUUAUCGGGGUCAGGAGCUGCAGUCCCCCUCUGCUCAGGGCUUCGUGUUCCCCAGCCGGCUGUUCAGCCCAAAGCCGCCGGCAGCUGAAGCCCCGCGGGUUUCAAUCAGGUCCGUCCGCCCGUUGCAGCCGCAGGCGGCAGCCGCCGCAGUCCCCAACAAGGUCCGACCGCGCCGACACCCGCCCCCCCACUCCUGCCCCCCCACCGGCCCGAGCUCCGGCCGCCGCUCCCCGGCCGGGGGGCUUCACCCCGAGCCCCCUCCCGCCGCUCCCCGCCCGGCUCCCGCUGCGGGGCUCCAGCAGCUCCGGCGCCGCCACAACACCCGGCACAGCCCGGGGCUCACACCGGCACCGACCCCGCUCCUCGCCCUGCCCUCAGCCGCUCCCACCAGCCGACACCGACUGCUCAGCGCCCGGGCUCACACGCAGCCCUGGCGCCUCGCACUCACUUCUGCCCUUCCCCUCACACCGGGGCGUUACGAGAAGCUCUGCCCACACCAAUCCCCCGCCCACACCAUGAACCCACCUCUGGCACCAGCCCCCGGCAGCUCUCAGCCUCCAGAGCCCCGGCAGCAGCCCCCCGCAGGCACACAGCAGAGCCGCUCAUUGCCGCCAGCUCUGCUGCACGAAAGCCUGGAGAAACCCGCGGGAGAUGAGGGCUUCAAAUCACUGCUGGGUUAUCGGGGUCAGGAGCUGCAGUCCCCCUCUGCUCAGGGCUUCGUGUUCCCCAGCCGGCUGUUCAGCCCAAAGCCGCCGGCAGCUGAAGCCCCGCGGGUUUCAAUCAGGUCCGUCCGCCCGUUGCAGCCGCAGGCGGCAGCCGCCGCAGUCCCCAACAAGGUCCGACCGCGCCGACACCCGCCCCCCCACUCCUGCCCCCCCUCCGGCCCAAGCUCCGGCCGCUGCUCCCCGGCCGGGGGGCUUCAACCCGAGCCCCCUCCCGCCGCUCCCCGCCCGGCUCCCGCUGCGGGGCUCCGGCAGCUCCGGCGCCGCCACAACACCCGGCACAGCCCGGGGCUCACACCGGCACCGACCCCGCUCCUCGCCCUGCCCUCAGCCGCUCCCACCAGCCGACACCGACUGCUCAGCGCCCGGGCUCACACGCAGCCCUGGCGCCUCGCACUCACUUCUGCCCUUCCCCUCACACCGGGGCGUUACGAGAAGCUCUGCCCACACCAAUCCCCCGCCCACACCAUGAACCCACCUCUGGCACCAGCCCCCGGCAGCUCUCAGCCUCCAAAGCCCCGGCAGCAGCCCCCCGCAGGCACACAGCAGAGCCGCUCAUUGCCGCACGCUCUGCUGCACGAAAGCCUGGAGAAACCCGCGGGAGAUGAGGGCUUCAAAUCACUGUUGGCUUAUCGGGGUCAGGAGCUGCAGUCCCCCUCUGCUCAGGGCUUCGUGUUCCCCAGCCGGCUGUUCAGGUAA